AUGGCCGCUACUACAUCUAGACGACCUAUUCAUCAACAGAAUAAAUCUUGCAAAUGUUCCCACUCUUACGCACAUUUAAUAUAUGAUGAUCCAUACGUAUUUCAAGUUCGAGGUGAACGUGUUCGAUCGGCACACUACCGUCCUUGUGAUGUCUGUUUGAAAGAAGCUGGUCGACAACAUGCAUUGGCAGCAAAUAUUAAAUACGAGCAGAGAUGCUCCCGUUUGCCACCAAGACCAGUUUACCCUCGAGUUUCGAAUCGACCAAAAACUACAUCGUCAGAUAGAAUGGCAGAUAACUGCACUUGGGACAAUUUCAUGAAGAGAAAAAGUAAAUAUGCAAUCCAAACACCGUAUGCGUCAUGUGAUUUGGUUGGUAAUCAUGAGUACUUUGACAAUCGGCCAUCAUUCGUUAACUAUGGCGGGCAUUAUAAAGAUAAACAGUUUGGACAGAAACGAACGUUCAACUCACUGGCUGUACAUCAAUUGAAACAUGACGAAGCAAGUGAUCAUCGCUUGAGAAAUCUAUAUCAUGAACGACAUCUUCGUCGACAAGCAGAAAAUUACUUUCGUCAACACGAAAAUCGCGAGGCUCAUGAAUAG